AUUUGAAGCAAGUGGACGUGAGAGAAAAUAUUUGAAGUGAGUGAACGCUUGACAAGUUUACAACUACAAGAUGACAACUGAAGCACAGCCAACAAGAAAUGUUGUUAUUGCUAUGGAUGGAAGCGAAUAUGCAGAUUAUGCAUUCCAAUGGUAUAUGGACAAUGUGCACAAGAAAAAUGAUCAUGUUGUUUUAGUCCAUUGUCCAGAAUAUCAUACUGUUGUCCAAUCUCCCAUGGUAAUGACUGAUAUAACUGUAGUGACUGAUUUAUUACACGAGGAAGAAAAGAAAACUAAGCAAUUUUUAGAAACCCUUGGAAAUAAACUCAAGCAUGCUGGGAUUGGUGGUAAAGUAAAGAGUGUCGGAGGUAGUCCAGGUGAAGUUUUAAUAAAGGUAGCUGAAGAAGAGAAAGCUGGUCUUAUAGUUACUGGUUCUCGAGGUAUGGGAACCCUACGUCGUACCUUUGUUGGUAGUGUUAGUGAUUAUAUUAUACAUCACUCACAUGUACCAGUUCUAGUUUGUCGUCAUAAAGAUAACCAUAAAGACCAUGGUCAGAAACAUUAAAAUCUAAAUAAACACAUAUCAGUAAAUUGUAUCAUCUUUGAUUCAAGAAAUAUAUUUUGAAAAUGCACAUAAAUUUUGUUUGAUCUUGUGGACUGUUCUUGUUUGAUAAGCCUUCAAAUAAUUUGUCAAGUUCACAAUUGGCCGCAAGAAAAAGCAACACAGAAAAGUAUACAAUACCAUUGUGUAGAUGUUUAUCUGUACUUGAGUGCCUUUUCUACCCAAAUAUUUUUUAUUAUAGCCAUUCUAUUAUUAUAAUAUUA